AUGGUUUGUGUUAAUUUAUAUCCAAAUUGUCAGAAUUUUGGAGGAUUUUGUAAUAUGCCAAUAUUUAGUAAUGUAAUGAUGAAUAAUUGUCCAGCAACUUGUGGUGUAUGUGUAACAAUUAAUGGAAAAAAACAAACUGAUUCUGAUAAACUUAUUGUCAGUACUGAUAAAGCAGUAAAUCCAAUUGGUCCAUGUCUAAAUGGUUUAUGCCCAGAAAACCAUGUAUGUAUUGAUGGAAAUUGUUAUCGUCUUAAGGUAACAUCAUCCUCUGGAAACACAAUAUCAUCAACUUCGCAAGGAAUUUGUAUUGAUGUGGUUCAAGCCUGCCCAAGGCUUGCUAAUGUUUGUACUCCAAAUGUACAAAGGUAUUGCCCAGCAUCAUGUAACGUUUGUAUUAUAGGAAAAAAAUAA